UCGGACGGAAGCCCCAUUCAUUGCUACAGCCAAGGCGUUGGAAAGAUCUUCUCACCAUGGCCAUGGGUUGCAGCUGGUGGAUGUAAGGUGGUUUAUGGCCAUGGCCAAGUUGCUGCAAGUGCUAGUGGCUGUGGUAAUCUGUGCUUCUGCCACCAAUUGGUUUCUUCCUAAAGUGCGUGCUUUGCCAGAGACCAUCAGGAUUGGUGGUCUAUUCGAAAGUGGAGACGAAGACCUUGAGUUGGCGUUUCGGUAUGCAGUGGAUCAUGUGAAUGCAGACACUAGCGUGCUCCCCACCAGCCGACUCCAAGCGCACGUGGAGCGAGUAGAGAAGCAUGACAGCUUCACGGCAUCGAAAAAAGUGUGUGACCUGUUGGGCGAGGGCAUGGCUGCAAUAUUCGGGCCCCAGUCCACCGAGUCCAGUAGUGUGGUGCAGUCCACCUGCGGGGCGCUGGAAGUUCCCCACAUCCAGACCAGGUGGGAAUACAGGUUGAAGCCCAGACGGCACAACAUCAACCUCUAUCCGCCCCCAAAUGCACUCGGGGCGGCAUACCUGGCCUACGUCAAAGAGAAGAAUUGGAAGAUGUUCGCUAUUUUAUACGAAACCAAUGACGCCCUAAUCCGGCUCCAAGAGUUGUUAAAAGAUCCCAUCAUCAAACUCCGACGAGUCAUUGUGAAACAAUUCGAAGAGAACAAUGACUACAGAAAAACUCUGAAGGAGCUGGGGCGAAAAGGCAUCAAAAACUUCGUAGUUGACGUCGAAACCCCAAAUGUGCCAUUACUUCUCAGACACGCACAGAGGGUCGACAUGCUAACAGAAUACUACAACUACGUCAUUACAACAUUGGAUGUGCACACUGUCAAUCUUGAAGAUUUUCAAUAUAUAGGCACUAACAUCACGGGCUUUCGUAUUGUAAAUCAGUCACCUGAGUACCAGGAGAUCGUUCAAGAUUGGAAAGCCAGUCAUGCGACUGGCAAACCACUGGACAGUGACCAAGCACCCUACGCGAAGACAGACGUGGCUCUUAUGUACGACGCGGUUUGGACGUUCGCGACAGCUUUGAACACUUUAGAGAAAGGUCAGCGCUUGCAGAUCAAAUCCGUCUCCUGUGAAACCGAGAAACCUUGGGCUUUUGGACCCACACUUGCAAAUCACAUGAGGGGAGUGGAAUUGCGCGGGCUGACUGGUCGAAUUGUGUUCGACGAAAACGGGAUGCGUACUAACUUCACUGUUAAAAUACAGGAUCUUACGCAUAUCGGUCUAACAGAGGUUGGAGAAUGGGAACACAACACCGCUGGCAAGAUCCGGAAGACCGGAAACUACUCUCGCCAGCCGGAAGUUUCCAUCAGCCUCCGAAACAAAACACUUGUCAUUACGACGAUUCUGAAUGAACCGUACAUGAUGAAAGUCGAAGACGAAAACGGAGUGAAAUACGAGGGCUAUUGUGUGGACUUAAUUGAAGCCAUCUCGGAAGACCUCAAGUUUCAGUACCGUAUUAAGGAAGUCGACGACGGCAGUUACGGUAGAAAGAAUGACCUGGGCGAAUGGAACGGGAUGAUUCGAGAACUUAUAGACGGGAAGGCGGACAUGGCUAUCGCCGAUCUCACCAUCACCUACGUGCGCGAAGAAGCCGUAGACUUUACAAUGCCUUUCAUGAAUCUCGGCAUCUCCAUUCUCUUCAAGAAACCGACCAAAAAAGUGCCCAAGCUCUUCUCAUUUCUCUCGCCCCUCUCUGUAGAGGUCUGGCUCUACAUGGCCACGGCCUUCCUUGGCGUGUCCCUCUUCUUAUUUAUAGUAGCUCGAUUUAGUGCUUAUGAAUGGGUGAAUCCACACCCGUGUGAUCUGGAACCGGAGGAACUGGAGAACCAGUUCACGCUACUUAACACUCUCUGGUUCACCAUUGGAUGUCUUAUGUGCCAAGGCUGCGAUAUUACGCCAAGAGCCAAUUCUACCCGAAUGAUAGCCGUGAUGUGGUGGUUCUUCACCCUUAUCAUGGUAUCCUCCUACACAGCCAACUUGGCUGCCUUUCUAACUGUGGAGCGACUUGCCUCGCCCAUCGAGAGCGCCGAAGAUCUCGCCAAACAGACCCAGAUACCUUACGGGUGCGUCGCCUCUGGUUCCACACAAUCAUUUUUCAAGGAAUCGGAGUUCCCCACCUACAAGCGCAUGUGGUCCUUUAUGGAAUCGCAACGGCCUUCCGUUUUUACCGAUAAUAACCAAAAAGGCGUUGAGAGGGUUAAGAAAGGCAAUUAUGCCUUCCUCAUGGAGUCGACAACUAUUGAGUUCAUUGUGGAGCGAAACUGCGAUCUCACACAAGUGGGAGGACUGCUCGACUCCAAAGGAUACGGGAUUGCAACGCCACAUGGUUCCCCAUACCGCACGCACAUGUCCUCCGCCAUUCUGAAGCUGCAAGAGAACGGCAAGCUGCACGUUCUGAAAGAUCUCUGGUGGAAGAAGAAGAGGCUGAGUCAAAAAUGUGCCAAAGAUGAUCAGACCAGCUCGAGUUCAGCUUCAGAGCUUGGCCUUGCGAAUGUCGGGGGCGUGUUCUUAGUCCUUAUAUGUGGGGUCUUCCUUGGAUGUGUGAUUGUCGUAUUCGAGUUUGUUUGGAAAUCCAGAAAAGUUCCCAGCGAAGAAAGGGAUUCCCUUUGUACGUCAUUCUGCCGCGAGCUGAAAUUCGCCAUCUGCUGUGGAGGAUCCACCAAGCCCAUCAAGUCUACGGACGAGGGAGCGGAGGCCUCCACCCCUCAUCAAGAGAAUGGUCUGCCCUUCAUGCCCAUGCCCGGAUUCUCGUCCUCCAGCCCUUCGAAGGGCUUUGCUUCCUGACAGGAGGCCCCCCUGGUGCAGCCCUUAGUAAAGGAUCCCGAGGGCUCCACUUACUACAGAUAUGGAAGGGGGACUGGAUCCGACGUAUGAGCGACCUCUAGCCACAAAACAAUGCAUCGAAUAAAGAAAAGAAUAUUUGAUCGAUAAAGGGACAUAUUUUAUGCUAAAGAUGCACUGAAGAAGUGAAGUGAGGAACAUGAGAAGCAGAACAAUCCAUUUGUUUUGGAUGAAUUGUGUACUGGAAGUGAGACUGGAUGUGUCCAUAGUAAAUGUUAAAUGACUGUUGUGGUCUGGUUGUGUCACUUUCAGAUAUGGUGUACUUUUAAGUUAAUCCUCUCAUGGCCAAGGACUUCUUUUCAAUUCAGGCAUAUUUCAUUUGAAAAUUAAUUAUCGAUUUAUUGCAACAGUUAAGUGCAAUCUCAACAUGAAGCCAUCAGGAUCGAACAAUCUGGAAGAGAUAGUCAGUGUUCUCAUUAUGCCUGAUGGUAUCAAAAACAAUGUGGAAAGGGUUUAUGAUUCAUUGAUUAAGGCAAAAUAUGUGAGUCUUUUGUAAAUACCAAGAAUAUUUUAUUGCAGUUAUAUCUUUUAAUGAGAUGAUGUAAAACUAUCGGCUGGCUAUAACCUGUUGUUAUUUAAGGCAUAUUGCAGUAACAAGAAGCAUUCUUUUAAAAUAUAAAACAACUUUUUAUCAUUAUCCUUUUAAGCAUACAUAAAAAGCUUGGACAUGGGAGGAUAAAAUUCUAACCCUUAAAAAUGUUCAUUAUCAUUUAGUAUGGGAUCUUUAAAACAAUGUUUUAUUCUCCAUGUGGUAUAUAAAUUCAAAAUGAUGUUUAUUGAUUAUUUAUGUAUCAUAAAAACAUAUUUGCCAGUCAGAUGGUAAGUAUAUAUUAUUUUUGGCAGAGGAAUUUCAUUUUAAGUUUAAAAUAUUGUGAAAAUAAUAUGCCAUUUUUUUUAACUUAUGUUUGUGUCCAAAUAGCGACAUAUGCCACUAGUGACGAAUGUUGGUUUAUGUUGUGGUAUAGAAUUGCAACAUUUAAUUGUUUUGUAGAAAAAUGUUAUUAAAACUAGUGUUCGAAACUUAUACUAUCUCCGAAACACGUAAAAGAUUGAUGAGUUUUUAAAAAAAUAAUAUUUAA